CCUAGGAUCCGCCGCGCCGCCGCCGCUCCGCAGCAGCGGCAGCGGCAGCGGCGCGACGCGGCAGGAAGUGUGUAGUCGAGUCGGCGGUAGCGAGGCGGCGGAGAGGGGAAACAGCCAAGAGCCAAAAGUCGGCGUCUGAAGAGGAGGGGGAGAACAUAAAACAUGCCGAAUCCGUGAAACCUCAACGAUUCUGCUUCUCCACGCGUCGCAUCGUUCACCGUGCGGGCGCAGAGGCCGACCGAGGGUGGAUCCUCAUUGGGUGGCCCCGCCGCCCCCCCGAGGUGGGCCCUGAUUGGCUGGACCUGCACUUAGGAGAACAAGGCCGCCAUCGCCCCCCCCCCAGCUGCAGAGCUAAGCCCUCCUCUUUUCCUCCUCCCCUCCCUAGCGUCACUGUUCAUUUCUAUGUUGUGAACCGUGACUCCCUCCUAUCGUUUGCUUUAGAGUACUAUGGCAAUGCAUGAUAUGAGUCGUGCCAAGGGUUUCCCCUGUAAAGAGUGUGAUAUGGUGUGUCCGAGUACUCCAAGUCUUCUAGAGCAUAUGAAAGCACAUUAUCAGCAGGAAGAGAACGGGCGUUUCGAGUGUGAGCAGUGUGGACGCAUUUACAAGCACGCCGCGAGCCUCGCCAAUCACAAGAAGUCCCACGAGGUCGGUUCGUUCCAGUGUCCGGUCUGCACACGUACGCUGCCCAACGCGGUCGCUCUGAAGAACCACCUGCGGAUCCAUACGCUGUCCCCGAGUAGUGCACACACAGAGGAAGAGGGCGAAGAAGUACCCGAAGAAGGGGGCCACGACGAGAGGGACUACGGUCUCGCCCAAGACCUGUCAGACGGGUUUGGGCGCUCUCAUUUGAACAACAGUUUGGGACACAGUGUCCUGCAGAGCCACCAGUCAGGCGACCACGGGAAGAAAGGCUCCCCUGAAACCGAGGAAGCUUGGGACCGACCGUUCAAGUGCGAUCAGUGCGACCGGACGUACCGGCACCACGGCAGCCUGGUGAACCACAAGAAGUGCCACCAGCAAGGGACUUUUAAGUGCUCUGUGUGUUUCAAACAAUUCAGCAACCUGGCUGCACUAAACAGCCACGAGAGAACUCACUCGAAGUUCAAGACGCCUGGCGCGUCCAUGGUGAGCGGCGGCGGCGGCGCCGGCACGCAGUCGUCCCAGAGCGACGACACCGCUUCCUGUUUCUGCCACCUGUGCCAGAUCUCGCUGCCAAGUAAGACAGACUUUCAGGAGCACAUCUUGCUUCACAACGCCGCCUCGCCUUCCCUCGGCCUGCCGCGCAGUUUCCCAGGCAUCAUGCCCCACAAUCUGAGCGCCGUUCGAUCCCCGGCGUACACCCCCACCCUGGGGGACCCUCUGCCCUUGCCGCCCUUGCCCAGUGACAAAAGAGGCCCCUAUGAUCCCAUAAUGGGUCCUCCUGUAAACAACCCCAUCUACACGUGUGCGUACUGUGGCGCGGGGCACCCAGAUCUGGAGACUUUGAAAGUCCACUAUUUGACUCACGACCCCCACCCGGGCGCCCACGGCCAGGACAGCUCCAUCCUCAACUCCGACGCGCUGAGCUCCGGUUCCCAGGGCUCCGUGUCGUCUCCCUCUGGGGGCCGUGUGCCCCACGCAAAUUCUCCAGACGACGGAGAGCGGCGCUUCAAGUGCGGAGAGUGUGGCAAAAGCUACCGGCACGCAGGAAGCUUGGUGAACCACAAACGCUGCCAUCAGACGGGCCACUACCAGUGUACCAUCUGCUGCAAGCAGUACCCGCACCUGGCGGCGCUGCACAGCCACCUGCGAAGCCACAAGGGGCGCUCUGCCAACCAGUCGAUCAACGACAGCAACGACUGGCUGUCUCCGGAGCCCCUGACUCUGGACUCGCAGCAGAGCUACGUCCAGGAAGGCAGCGGCGCCACCACGCCGAUCUCCCUGCCGGGAAAUCUGGGUGACGGGAACCACUUUGUUCCAGACGGCGGUCACAGCAGCGGCCUGGACUCUCUGGAGUUCCACGAUCGCUUCGACGGCAGCUCGCUCUCCCAGAGCAAUGCCUCCCACCGCCAGGCCGACAGACACGUGUGCGCCGACUGCGGUCAGAUGUACGGAGAUGUUUCCGGCAUCAAGUCACACCUGUGCCCCCGCCGCGGCCAGCAGCCCCAGCAGCAGAGCACCAUGUCCAACGGGUUCCUGGCGAGCAUGAACUACCACAGCUCUGGUGGAACCUCGCUGCCCGCCGAAGGCUCCAGCAGCCUGAAGGAAGGUGGAAGCAGCAGCGGCGGCGGCGGGCAGCGCCAAUACUCCCAGAGCGGGGGCAAGAGAAUGGGCAGCAACGACAAAGAUGACGAUGACGACGGAGAAGUGUAUCAGUGUUCGGUGUGCGGCAACCACUACGCCAGCCUCCGAGCCCUCAGGAGCCACUUGCGUAGCCAUGCCAACAACCCAACCGGGCCGGGACCGUCCAACCUGGAGCAGGAGUGGAGGAUGAUCUGCUCCACCUGCGGCCAGAGCUUUGCCAGGAAGCAGGAUCUCCUGAACCACCAGCUGGUCCACGGCCCCCAGAGGCCGGACGGCCAGCAACAAGGCCUCGUGGGCAGCUCGGCUAACGGCAACGACAAAAUGGACGGACGCAACCACAUUUGCGUGGACUGCGGGAUGUUCUUUGCCGACCGCCACCACCUCAUCACUCACCUGUGCCCCGGGAAGAACCGGGGCAGCUCGCUGAGCAAGCAGGGCCUGAACGGAGCCAAAGGGAUGUCCGGGGGGGAGGGCGUCGGCGGCGGGGUCGCCGGAGGAAGCCGUGAUGUCGGCGGCGACGGACGCAGGCCUCUGGUCGACCAAAGCGAGAAGCCACACAAAUGCGACCAAUGCGGACGCGGGUACAGACACCCGUGCUCGCUCCUAAACCACAAGAAGUCCCAUAAGACGGGGGUUUUCCGCUGCUUAGUGUGCCAGAAACGCUACUACAAUCUGCUGGCUCUCAAGAAUCACCAAAGGACCCACUUUGAUCUAAAGAGGCACAAGUGUGAAGAAUGUGGCAAGGCAUUCAAGAUCCAAAAGCAGCUGAUCAACCACCUCCGUCUCCACGAGGAGCACCGAGCCAAAGGUCUGGUCCGAACCGGACCCAACGGGUCCCGCUUCCAGCAGGCGGGCCCGUCCCACAUGCAGGCUAUGAGAGGAGAGUCCUCAAAGGGACAGGGGUUGGGCGUCAAAUACAGCCACCAAGGCUUCAAGAAGCCCUACUCGUCAGCCGGGACCUCCCGGCCCCAGAAGUUUGACCCCUCUGAAACUGGGCGGCGGCCUUUUGCCUGCGACGAAUGCGGCAAGACGUACCGCCACGCAGGCAGCCUGGCCAAUCACAAGAACCUCCACAAAAUCGGGGAGUACCACUGCAACGUGUGCAACUCGACGUACCCCAACCGGCUGGCGAUGAAAAACCACCUCCGCCUCCACUUCGCCCAGAAGAAGCACAACUGCCAGGAGUGCGGCAAGGGCUUCCGCACCCAGAGGCAGCUGGCCACCCACACCACGGCGGGCCUGUGCAAGGGGCCCCAGGGCCCCGGAGCCCAGAUGGAUUUUGAAUGCGACGGCUGCUGCGAAGGCUUUGCCACGGCCGACGAACUCGCGGCCCACGACUGCCCCGCCCAGCACCUGCCGUCUUCCUCCUCCACCAACAGCUCCGCCAACAUCAGCAUGGAGAGGAGCUCGGUGGACCUGGACUCCGAUGAGAGGCCCUACGCCUGCGACCUGUGCAGCUGCGCCUACAAACACGCCAGCUCCCUGCUGAACCACAAGCACACCCACAAGACCGGCAACUUCCGGUGCAACUUCUGCGAGAAGCCGUACACCAACUACAUGGCGCUGCGCAACCACAUGCGCAUUCACACGCAGAGGAAGAAGCACAUCUGCCACACGUGUGGGAAAGCCUUCCGGUUGGCAAGGUUCCUCCGAAACCACCAGAAGGUCCACGAGGAGGGCGCGACCCCGUUCGGCUGCCCCACCUGUGGGAAGAGUUUCCAGGGGAGAUCCGGCCUAGCCAGGCACCGCUGCGGGGACAACCAGGUAGGCAUGGAAGUGAGGAGGAAGGCCGCUGCACCCCCGGGAGAGGGCGAGGAGUGUCGGUACAC